GCACCGAGGACUCCUGGUUAGCCGCAGGCCGGCAGGCCAGGAACUUCAACGGGUGCGGGAGAGGAGCGACCCUCCCAGCAGCUCACUGCACGUCCGAGGCCAGAGCCUCCAGGGAGCGCGGGUCGGAAUUAGAGUCCAGGUGGGAAGCAGACGCGAAACCGGGCAGCAGCGCGAGCGAGAGGGGAGAAGGGGCGCAGCGUCUGGGGCCGAGCGGGUUUCGUCCCCCGCGUCCAGCUCCGAGCUCCGAGCGGGCGUUCUCUCGGAGGGGCGCAGGGGUCCCCCGCACAGCGUCCCCCUCCCCAGCGUCUAAGAAGGGUCUCCGAUCAGGAACAGGGAUCUGCGGUCAUGGCCGAGCCCGCGGAGCCGGAGCGGGGCGCCCCUGGGGCCCUGGGGCUGCCCGAGUCCCUUGCGCUCAUGGCAGCAGGACCGGGCGAGCUGGAGGCCCCCGGCCGGGAGGCAGACGGGGAGGAGGCCGGCGAGGGCGCUGCGGCGGCGUCGGGGGGCGAGGGGGCGGGCGCAGCCCCGACGGCGGCGGCGGUGAGGGGGCGAGAAGGCGCCGCGCCGGAUGGAGGGAGCGCCGGCGAGCAGGCGCUGGGCGCGGACAGCAGCCCCGGGGCCGAGCCGCGGGGCGCGGGGGCGGCGCAGGGCGAGGCGGGGGCCGGGGCCUCCCAGGCGGAGAAGGAGGCGAACCCCGGGCUCGGCGGGCAGGGUGAGGUCCCCGCGGAGGCUCAGGGGGAACCCGGGAACCCCGCGGUCCCCGAGGCGAAGGAGGAGGCGGAGCGCGGAGCGGAGGCAGCGGGAGGCAGUGCGCCCAGGGCGCUGGGGGCCAGCAUGGACGGCGGGGGACCGGCGGGAGGGGUGCCCGGGGUCGAGGGCGGGCCUCAGGACCGAGGGGACCGGAGCCCCGGGGACCAGGCGGAGGCGAUCGAGGCCGGAGAGGAGGAGGGUGAGGGCGGCAGUCCUGCGGGGCUUGCGGGGGAGCCUCGGGGUGCUGCUGCGGGCGCCUCGGAGGAGGAGGCGGGAGUCCCGGAGGAAGAGGAGGCGGAGGUCCCGGGGGGCGAGGAGUCCGAGGAAGUGGCCGCUGGGGACGCGAGGGCAGAAGCUGGCAAGGACGGGGAGCGGGGUGCGCCCCAGGAGGAGAUGGAGAAGGCAGAGGGGGCGAGGCGAGAGAGCAGCCCGGAGGGGCCAGGCGAGCAGGCCGCAGCCGGGGGCCAGGAGGAGCUCCCCGACGGCAGCACGGAUGCCGAGGCAGCCUCGCCGACCGAAGCCCAGGAGCCAGAGGCCGAGCUCAGCAACCACCUGCUGGAGGAGGGCAGCUCCGAGGGUGGCGAGGAGACAGCGCGGGUGAAUGGCCGCGGGGAGGAUGGCGAGGCGUCUGAGGAGGGGACCUCGGGGCAGGAGCACGACAUCACCCUCUUCGUGAAGGCUGGUCGUGAUGGUGAGAGUAUUGGAAACUGCCCAUUUUCUCAGCGUCUCUUUAUGAUUCUCUGGCUAAAGGGAGUUAUAUUUAAUGUGACAACAGUGGACCUGAAAAGGAAACCCGCCGACCUGCAGAACCUGGCUCCCGGAACAAACCCCCCGUUUAUGACCUUUGAUGGGGAAGUCAAGAUGGAUGUGAACAAGAUCGAGGAGUUCUUAGAGGAGAAAUUAGCUCCCCCGAGGUACCCUAAGCUGGGGACCCAACACCCUGAAUCGAACUCUGCAGGAAAUGAUGUGUUUGCUAAAUUCUCAGCAUUUAUAAAAAACACCAAGAAGGAUACACAUGAGAUUUAUGAAAAGAACCUGUUAAAGGCUCUGAAGAAGCUGGAUAAUUACUUAAAUAGCCCUCUUCCAGAUGAAAUCGAUGCCUACAGCACCGAGGAAGUUGCUGUUUCUGGAAGGAAGUUCCUGGAUGGCGAUGAGCUCACGCUAGCCGACUGUAACCUCUUACCCAAGCUUCAUAUUAUUAAGAUCGUGGCCAAGAGAUACAGAGAUUUUGAAUUUCCUCCUGAAAUGACUGGCAUCUGGCGAUACUUGAACAAUGCUUAUGCUAGGGAUGAGUUCACAAAUACAUGUCCAGCUGACCAGGAGAUUGAACGUGCGUACUCAGAUGUUGCAAAAAGAAUGAAGUGAAGCUGGGUGUACUCUGUGUUUUUUCUCAGUAUGAAAAGAGUGCAUUCUCUAUGUUUCCUUCCAAUAACUGUGACGCCCAUGUUUUGCUAAUGCCAUAUCAUAAUGAGAUCGACUCAACACCAAAUGAUAUGGGUCCUGGUAACUGGUCAGCUCAUUUUGUGUAUCUGAAUAAUAGCAGUCUUUGUUGUUAUUUCCACCAAUUGUCCAGUUUAUGUUAAUUUAUAUCUUCGACACUCACUGACAUUGUCACCCAUGCUAUUUAGGGCAUGUAUUUUGCCUUUUAAGUUUUAAAGCAAAUUGGAUUUGGGUUCAAUUCCUCCUUCAAUUUUUAAAAAAUUUGGGAGUUUUCAUUAUCAGGGGUACCCUGUUUUUCUCCUCUAAGAGAGUAGCUCAGUUAUUUUUCAGAAUGAAAAUACUGUUUCUGUAAUUAUAAAAUGAUACAUGCCUAUUUUGAUACUUUAAAUCAAUGUCAGAGAGUAUACAAAAGCAAGAAAGAAAAUCACCUAAUAUUUCACAAACUAUUGAUAACUCAUUGAAGAGCAUCUUCCAAAUCUUCAGUCUCUCUCACACACACUCAUUCACACCACAUACAAUUCCAUUCAUAUGUGGCAUUGCAUUACUUUAUUUUAAAGAGCGGGUGAGUGGACCUCUUGCUAAUGACUUGAUCAUCUGUAGAAGACCUAAAACAAACAAAAAGAUUCAGCAUUGAGGAGCUAGGCACUCUGUCGGGGAUCAGGUUUCCCAGGGGCAGAGCCCUAAGAGUCCACAGACCUACAGGGACCAGCAGGGACCCACAGGCACUGGAAGCCAGUGAGGGUCCCCACCCUGCUUGUCACCACCUCAUUGAUGCCACAGCCUCUGGUUCCACGGCAGGCCACUGAUGAGACUGCCUGUCUGUGCACCCCAUUCCAACCUUCUUUCUGGCGCCUUCUCUUGCCCCCUCUCGUCUCACGGAGACCAUGCCUUCAUGAGGACUCUCAGUGUCUCUGCAAGAUGGACAGUCCCCCUGCCCUGUGGGAAACGAGACUCAAGCACACCUGGAUUCCUUCUAGUGGCCACUGCCUCUGAGACCCAAUGCUGCAGCUCUUCAGCAAUGGUGUGGUGUGGGUUGGUCUGAUUUUUGUUGCCUCUCUGCCCUUUAUGGGAUCAUUUCAAGGGCAUCCAGGGAAAAUCCAGAGACUAAAUUCAUGGUGGCUACUCCGGGACAGUUCUGGUAAAUAGUCAAGUUGGGGAGGAAGUGGAAACUAUUGACUCAAAAAUUUUUUGGUUUGUCUGUGGCUUGCCCUCCACAUCCCUGCAGCCAGCUUCUCUUCGGCAGUGGCGUGUGGGCUGGGCUGCUGGGCUUCAGCUUGAGGUGUGGAAGACAGACUGGGAGGCUGUUCAGAUACGCAUCGAGACCUCGCAGGGUUUGAGCAUGGUCUGCCAGGCUGUGUUCUUCUGACCUUUACACUCAUCUUCCAGAAACCCUCCUGUAAAGCUGCUUGUAGCAUGUGGUUGAUGCUAAGAUG